GCAUCCUGGAAGUUCAUUUCAGAGACUGAAAUUAGGGACUUCUUUAAAAAGUGGACAUGGCUAAUCGAGGAGCAACAAGGCCCAACGGGCCAAAUACUGGAAAUAAAAUAUGCCAGUUCAAACUAGUACUUCUGGGAUAGUCUGCUGUUGGCAAAUCAAGCCUAGUGCUUCGUUUUGUGAAAGGCCAAUUUCAUGAAUGUCAAGAGAGUACCAUCGGGGCUGCUUUUUUAACCCAAACUGUGUGUCUUGAUGACACAACAGUAAAGUUUGAAAUAUGGGAUACAGCUGGUCAAGAGCGAUACCAUAGCCUAGCACCAAUGUACUACAGAGGAGCACAAGCAGCCAUAGUUGUAUAUGAUAUCGCAAACGAGGAAUCCUUUGCCAGAGCCAAAAAUUGGGUUAAAGAACUUCAGAGGCAAGCCAGUCCUAACAUUGUAAUAGCUUUAUCUGGAAACAAGACUGACCUUACAAAUAAAAGAGCUGUUGAUUUCCAGGAAGCACAGUCUUAUGCAGAUGACAACAGUUUAUUGUUCAUGGAGACAUCAGCUAAAACAUCAAUGAAUGUAAAUGAAAUAUUCAUGGCAAUAGCUAAGAAGUUGCCAAGGAAUGAACCACAGAAUCCAGGAGCAAAUUCUGCCUGGGGAAGAGGAGUAGACCUUACUGAACCCACGCAGCCAACCAGGAGUCAGUGUUGUAGUAACUAAACCUCCAGUUUGAACCAGCUGGAAUAUUCUUCUGCUUCUUAAAUAUUAACGGUGGAAUUGGAGCAUUUAACAAGCUCAGUAUGACUUCCAAAAGAAGAGACUUAUAAUAGAGUCAAGUUUCUAAUACAGAAUUAUUUUAAGUGUUUUGAACUUAAUUUUUAAUAACAUGCAUGCGACCCUCUGACUAAUGUUUCAGCAGCAGAAGGGGGAAAUGAGAGCUGUGUGUACACUUGUUUCCUUGGAAGGUUAGGGGUAAUCAUUUCUCGCCACCAGGGAUAUAUAUAGACAAACGACUAUCUGAACCUACAGUUACCCAGCCAGACCUAUGAAAAAGAUUUUAAAUUUAAUUUGAGCUUU